GGGGACCAGGUUACCUUGCCUAUUAGUAUGUGUAGAAAGAAACGAAAAACACAAUCUUUGGCAAGAGCGCAGAAAAGUGUUUCCUCUCAGCUAGCCGCAACCCCUGUUUCGCCGUAUUCAUAAGGUUAACUCAGUUGACAAUCACUGUUCUUUUGUUUGAAUCUCCCUCUUCUUCUUCAACCUUACUGUUCGCCAAGCGUCUAGUUAGGCAAACAUCAAUUUGAACACAACAAAAUUUGGUCUCUCCCGAGGCAUAGGCGGUCAAAUGUUUUGUUUUUAUGUACCUUCCUUUGUUUAACUAACUUCAAACUUCCAUCUCUAUCAUCACAAGUCCGGUCAAACCUUUGGAGUUGGGUCGCCACCCUUAGAGCCGCCGCCGUAUGACGAGGAGGUGGAGGAGCCUUUUGGUGACUCUCUUCCCAUCUUUGCGUAGUUGAAAAGGUCAAAGAUUUCAACUUUUUCGAAUUUGGCUUAAAAAAUGGGAGGUGAAUCAAACAUAGUUGCUAAGCUAGAUGAACCAAGUCAGGUUGAGCUAACAGGGAAGAUAAUGGUGGCGGCAAUCAUUUGUCUGUUCUUAGUGGUCAUAUUCGUCUUCCUCCUCCACCUUUAUGCCAAAUGGUUCUGGUACCGCCGCUCAGACAGCACUGGUAAUACCACUCGCAGAAGGCGGCGCUUUGAAUUUGCGGCGGGUUAUCAAGGGAUCACAGCAGCUGCUGCACUUCGCAGGGGUCUCGACCCCUCUGCACUGAAAACUAUACCAGUGGUUGAAUUUAGUCCUAAAGACUUCAAAGAUGGAUUAGAAUGUGCAGUUUGUCUGUGUGAAGUUUCUGAAGGUGAAAAGGCAAGGCUUUUGCCCAAAUGCAACCAUGGUUUUCAUGUUGAGUGUAUUGAUAUGUGGUUUCAAUCUCAUUCCACUUGCCCGUUAUGCCGAAACCCAAUUCCCAAUCCUCCUCCUGCAGAAACAGCAUCAGUUGAGGGCUUGGUUCAUGGUGAGACACCUAAUUUCCCCACUAAUGUGUUGUUUUGGGGAGAUGAGACUCAAGUUAGUACUUUAGGGACUGGUUUGGAUGAACUACCUCAACAAGGCUCUCAACAAGGCUCUAUUUCGUCUGCUCCGUCAUCAUCAUCUUGUCCCUCAUCUUCAACAUCAUCAUCAGUGAUGGGAAGUAUUUUGGUAAUUGACAUCCCAAGGCAUGUUGUUGAGGAUGAUCAGGAACAGAAAUCUCCUAUGCCUACAAGGUUGAGGUCAUUGAAGAGGCUUUUAAGCAGGGAAAAACGGGUUAGUCCUCGCACCAAUGUAGACAUAGAACAAGGAGGGAGAAGCCAAAGUUGAAAGUGUCCUAAAAACAGAAUGUAGACAUCUCCUAUGCUCUCAUUUAGGAAUAUAUCUUGUCUGGUUUUCUUUACUAUGCUCAUCUGUUCUUUGUUUCUUGGUUCUGGUUGCAGAUUUUAAAAACAGAACUUUGAUUAGUGCUUCCUGUAUAUAAUAGUUGGCUUCUCUAGUGAGAGUGGAUGUAACACAUCUCACAUAGAAGAGUUUUUCUUUCUUUAAAUAGAUAACACUUGUAUUCAUUUUAAUGUGAAAUAUCAAGUUCUUCAAGCAUUGUGGCGUACAGGUUUUCUUAAUUUCACGAUUCUUGUUUAUUUUGCAAUAGCUUUGGUGGUG